AUGACUUCUAAGGUUGCUGGCAUCUCAGAGUCUCGGAUCUGCGGCCUGAGCGAGGGUGCUCCGCACUGCCCUGCCCCGAACUUUGAGGACCGGGGCUUCUCUCUGGCUGGUUUAUCCCAAGAUGACCUAUUCCUAGGGCGUUCCCACCUCCAGUUCGAGCCCGGCGAGGCAAAACGGACCUACACAGACGGGCUGCGAGCGCAGCACCCCCUGGUGGCUUCAUCCGGGAAUAAACUUUUCCCAGGAUCCAACCCUGUCACACUUCUCACAGAGGGAACAAAAAGGUCCUGGUCCCAUCUUACAGGCUUUCUUUUCUCUACAGGAAGAGGUGACACUUUCACCAUCAACUGUUCAGGGUUUGACCAACAUGGGGUGGACCUUACUGCCUUCCAAGCAGUGUUUGACAGAAAGGCCUUCCGUCCAGUUGUCAACUACAGCAUCCCCACUCAUGUCAACAUCUCCUUCACCCUGUCUGCCAUUCUAGAAGUGGAUGCACAACUUCAGCUGAUGACAUCAUUCCUGUGGCUAAAUGUGAUCUGGUACAAUCCAUUCAUCAGGUGGAACCCAGAGGAAUGUGGGGGGAUCAGGAAGCUCAGCAUGACAACUGAGAACCUAUGGCUUCCAGAUAUCUUCAUCAAAGAGUUCAUGAAUGUGGAUCAGACAUCUACGGGUCUCAUGACUUAUGUCAACAGUGAAGGUCGCAUCAAAUAUGAUAAGCCAAUGCAGGUGGUCAGCAUCUGUAACUUGGACAUCUUCUAUUUCCCCUUUGACCAACAGAACUGCACACUUACCUUUGGUUCUUUCAUCUACACAGUGGAGGACAUGGUCCUAGGAAUGGAGAAGGAAGUGCAGGAGAUUUCAAACACAUCACUGAAUCUCAUUCAGAGCAACGGGGAAUGGGUACUUCUGAAUAUCCACCAAAGAGCAAAGAAGAUGACUGUGGACACCAAGCAGUAUGACCAGAUCAUAUUUUAUGUGGCUAUCAGGCGCAGGUCCAGGUUGUAUGUGAUAAACCUUCUGGCACCCAGUGGUUUUCUGGUUGCCAUUGACACCCUCAGCUUCUACCUGCCUGCAGAAAGUGGGAAUCGUGUCCCAUUUAAGAUGACACUUCUACUGGGCUACAAUGUCUUCCUGCUCAUGAUGAAUGACUUGCUUCCUGCCACUGGAACUCCCCUCAUCAGUGUCUACUUUGCCCUGUGCCUGUCCCUGAUGGUGGUCAGCCUGCUGGAGACCAUCUUCAUCACCUACCUACUGCACUUGACCACCACUGAGCCCCCACCCAUGCCUCAGUGGCUCCACUCCCUGCUGCUGCACUGCACCAGCCCAAGGAAAUGCUCCCUCACUAUCCCCCAGAAAAGAAAUAAGGGCCUGGGUCCCACUUCCACCCACCCACCUGGCCUGAAGGAGCCAGAAGUGUUGGCAGGGAAGAUGCCUAAUCAUGGAGAGGCAGAGUUAAAUGGAUGCCCAGAAUCAACAAGGACCCAACAGGAACAUGAGGCCCGGAAGCAGUGCCUGGUUGACCUGUGGGUGCAGUUCAGCCACAUUAUGGACACCCUGCUUUUCUGCCUCUACUUGCUCUUAAUGGCCUCUUCCAUCAUAACGGUCAUAGUCCUCUGGAACACCUAA